AUGGUCAAAACCAGCGUUUCCUGAUUUCAGCAAGUGCGCGUCCGCGGCGAGCGGAGGUCCACAGGAAACACCACACGUACAGCAGACAAAACGCAGGCUUCAUGGCGGCUUCGAGCGGUAAUAAACCGGCUGUUCCUCCCUGCCAGGUGUGGACCUAAUUCUAAACCUAGAAUGAGCACUAUACAAUAGCUUGCUUUUAAACAUUUGUGGACAGAGGACAGCGGUGAGAGAGAGAGAGAGAGAGAGAGAAAGAGAGAAAGAGGACACCAUGGCUGUCUUCAAGCUGGAAAAUGUUGAAGACCUUUAUGAGAUUGGAGAUGUUUUGGGAAGUGGUCACUUUGGGCAGGUGCGUGAGGUGCGGGAGCGAGCCACUGGUGUUCUCUGGGCGGGGAAGUUCCUGAAACUGAAGCGCGGUGCAGGAAGCAGGCUGGGCCUGGAGAGGAAGAGUGUGGAGAAGGAAGUGGAGAUCCUCCAGGGCCUCCAACAUCAGAGCAUCAUGGCCCUCAAAGAUGUUUUCGAGAGCAGGGCGGAGGUGGUCCUCAUUGUUGAGCUCAUAAAGGGUGGCGAACUCUUUGAUUUCAUCGCUGAGAAGGAAAACCUCACUGAGACAGAUGCCAUUGAGUUCUUAAAACAGAUUCUAGAAGGCGUGAGCUACAUGCACAAAAAAAACAUUGGUCACUUUGACCUGAAGCCGGAAAACAUCAUGUUGUCGGACAAGCACGCUCCCAAUCCAGACAUCAAAAUCAUUGAUUUCGGCAUGGCCCAUCGCUUCAUUCAAGGGGAAGAGUACAAGAGCUUGGGAGGAACCCCCCAGUACAUUGCCCCUGAGAUCAUCAACUACGAGCCCCUUGGUACAGCUGCAGAUAUGUGGAGCAUUGGUGUCAUAACUUACAUCCUUUUGAGCGGCCUAUCCCCGUUCCAAGGGGAGACCGAUGAAGAGACUCUGAGGAACAUUGUGGCAAUGAACUACGAGUUUGAGCCUCACUACUUCAGCCAAACCAGCAACAUGGCCAAAGACUUCAUCCAGAAACUACUAGUUAAAGAUCAAAGUGAAAGGAUGACAGCAGAUGAAUGCCUCAUUCACCCCUGGAUUAAGCCUCUCAAUAGAACUCAAAUGGCCAAGAGGAACCGCUCCUCCAUCAACAUGAAGAACUUUAAGCAGUUCAAUGCGAGGAGGAAAUGGAAGAUGUCCUUUAACAUGGUUUCGGCAUGUAAUCGAUUUUGUCGACUGCAGUUAUUGUGUAAGGCCCGUGGUACCGAACAACAAGAACUGAGGGACUGUGAGAGCGAUCAAGAGGACACAGGGACAAAACCUGCCUCCCUGUUACGCCGGCGUCUUAGUAGCAACUCAUAAACAUCGCCGGUAGAGUGAGACAAAAGCUACAAGCAUCUCCCUUUUAAAAGGAUGCAGUGCUUUGUGCCGCCUGUAGGGGGAGACAGGGCGCACUCCAUCCGCAAUUCAAGGGAAUACUUCCCCUCAAGGCCUUGAACCUGCGAUUGCCCAACCACCAGCUACAUAUUUAGUCACAGUGGAUGACGUCAUUUUAAAGAAGGACGGGGCCCUGAUAUCACCGUGGUAUUCUCCAAACUGAUAUGCAAGCAUGUUCAUAGAGUUCUACCUCUGACAGACUUUUUGAUGCUUCUACCUGAAAUGCUCUUGGUAGGAGGGUCAGGUCUCUUGAAGGAUGUACCUAUAACCAGGGCCAUAACCACCACAGACAACCCCCCCCCCCCCAUAUUCAUAAUAGUGGUCCACUUAAAUGGGUUUUUCCAUGGUUGAUUAUUAAAUUAUUACAUUUUGUACCCCCAAUCCUGAAAAUGUGGUUACAUCAUUGCCUAUAACAUUUACAAUUCUCCUCAAACUAUUCUUUAAAAACUGUAUAUAUAUAUAGUUACCUCAGAGCCAAUUUGGUGUUUUAUUGUUUGUUUGCUACUUUAAUGUGUAACACAGUCAAUAUGUCACAUGGUGUCAUUUUAUUACUGCUUUUAUGUUUACGUCAAAACCCAAAGCAUACCAAAAUGUUGAAAGACGACUUAAAUAGUCUGGACUUUUUUAGUCAGGCUUCUGGGCUGAGUGCCUUAACCCUCAUAUCUUCUCAAAUACAAUAUGUAAACCAGUGCAUUUUAUCCAUCCUGGAUCAGGCUACCAGAGACCUUACCCACUAAUAUUGUUACAAUACUCUGUAAUACUGCCUCAUAUACGGCUACAAAAUGUAUUUUGUUUUAGAGACUUAGAUUUUGUGAGAACGAGUUGCCUUUUUAUCUGUUUGGCUGAAUUGUUGUUGAAAUAUUGUGAAAGUGAAUAUUCUGUACCCAUGUAUUCUUUAGUAUGGAGCCCCUGAGAGGACAGGUUGGGAUUUUUUUUUUUUUCUGAAAUAGUUUUGCUUUUAAUUCGGAAACACGGUUUUACUGUAGUAAUAUUGCAGACUGCAGUAACCAUAGUUUUUGGCAGAAAUCAUAGUUUAACAAUAGUAAUGUUGUAGUAAUCAUGACUUUUGUUUUUUUUUUUUUUUUUUUUUUUUGUGGCUGAAACCAUGGUUUUAAUACAGUAUACAUUCAAAUAGUAACCAUGGUUUUACUUCAGUUACCACAGUUAAACUAUGGUAUAUGUAGUAAAUACCAUAGUAAGCACAAAAUUAUCAUUUUUGUUACCAUAAUUUUGGUUUUCCUGUAUUAUUAUUAUGGUUUCUCCAUGAACAUCAUGGUUAAAAUAUGGUUACUGUCGUAAAACAUGGUAAAUUUAUUGCGAGGACAUGCAAAAAUGUUGCGAGGGAAUACAUACAUUGCGAGGGCACACAGAACUUAUUGCGAGGGAAUGCUAAAUAUUGCGAGGCUAAUCAGUCUUAUUGCGAGGGAAUGCAAGAGUUAUUGCGAGUGCCUGACAAGUUUACUAUUUAGUGGCCUACUUCAGUGAGGUCAACGCUGAGGAUUGAUGCUAUCAAUUUAUGACACCUACAAACAGCUGUUGUAAAUUGUUAUGACACCUGUUUUGACAAUGUAUUGACACAUACUGUUUAUAUAUAUAUAUUAUAUUAUAUAUAUACACUACCGGUCAAAAGUUUUGAAACACUUACUCAUUCUUUAUUAUAAUAUUUUUUUUUUUUUUUUUUUUUUCACAUUUUAGAAUAAUAGUAAAGUCAUCAAAACUAUGGAAUAACAUAAAUGGAACUAUGAGAAUUAUGUUGUGACUAAACAAAAUCCAAAAUAAAUCAAAACUGUGUUAUAUUUUAGCAUCUUCAAAGUAGUCACCCUUUGCCUAGAAUCUGAAGACAUGUACUCUUGACAUUUUCUCAACCAACUUCUUGAGGUAUCACCCUGGGAUGCUUUUUAAACAGUAUUGAAGGAGUUCCCAUCUAUGUUGGGCACUUAUUGGCUGCUUUUCUUUAUUAUUUGGUCCAAGUCAUCCAUUUCAAAAACUUUUUUGUUUUUUUAUUAAAUUUUAGUUUUAUAAUGAAAUAAAUUAAUAUGGUGGCACAAUUA